CACACCACCUAUUCACAAGCACCAUUCACCAUGGACAUGAUAGUGACCUCCCGCAGAAGGGCUCUGGAGACACGGACUAUCCGGCCGCAGUCCUCCACUAUGCGCUCGUGGGCUAAAUCCAGUCCUCUGUCUUUCAAAAGAUCCACAAAUGUGGCCGCAUCCAGGGCUGCGUACAGCCCCGCCGUGCUCGCGUCUCCGGAAGGGUUCGAGUUAAGCGCGGCGCUCAGUGGAGAUCCGGUGCGCAGUAACGAGAAGGAGCAGCUCCAGGGGCUCAACGACCGCUUCGCCAGCUACAUCGACAAGGUUCGCUUCCUCGAGGACCAAAACAAGCAGCUGGAGGCUGAGAUCCAAGCGCUAAAGCAGCAGAACUUGCCGCAGUCCAUGCAAAGCGAUGCGUACGACCGCGAGCUCCAAGACCUGCGCUGCGCCCUGGAGCAACUCCACAAGGAGAAGGCGCAGAUGCUGCUCGACACAGACCACAUGGAUGAGGAUCUGCAGCGGUUCCGAGAGCGCUACGAAGAUGAAGCCAGGCUCAGAGGGCACAUGGAGUCUGCGAUCCGGGGAAUGAAGAAAGACAAAGACGACUCGCUUCUGAUGAAGCUGGAGUUGGAAAGGAAAGUCCAGGCGCUCGUGGACGAAAUGGACUUCUUGCGGCAGAACCACGAGGAGGAGAUCAGCGCUCUUCGUGGCACCAAAGAUUCAUUGGAAAGGCAGCUGCAUGAUAUCGAAGACCGCCACAACACCGACGUUGCUAGUUAUCAGGAAAUGAUUCACCAACUGGAAAAUGAUCUGAAGGGAACAAAAUGGGAAAUGGCUCGUCAUCUUCGGGAAUACCAGGAUCUGCUUAAUGUCAAGAUGGCACUGGAUGCUGAAAUAGCAGCUUACAGGAAACUGCUGGAGGGUGAGGAGACGCGCUUCCGUACCGUCUCUGGAAGUAUUUCAAGCCCUGUGUUUGCUUACAGCCAGCCUAAAACCUCGAAGAUCAAACAUAAAAUAGUGGAGGAGAUCAUUGAGGAGACCAAAGGAGAGAGCGACCUCGAUGAGGAUCUGGCAGAGGUGGCUAAAGAAGUGGCGGAAGAAGCUGGU